AUGGCUGAGGAAGAAGCACCGUCCAGUGGAAGCCUCCUCUGUUCCAUCAACCACCUCCUGCAGCUACCGGAGCCUGCAGACCAAAAGGAAGUGGUCCUUCAUAUCUUGCAAGCAGCUCGAGUCCAGCCAGCGGCUGUGAUGUCAGUCCUCAUGGUGACGCUUCGGCAAGAUGAAGGUGGCAGAUGCAGCACCUACUAUUGCCCCAUCGUGGCCUCACACAUGAGGCUGACUGGAAACAAGAGGCACCACUCAGGAGUCUGCCCUUCUCAGCAGGUGUCGGCCUGGCAGAAGGUGGCUGUGUACCACAGCCUCCGGGCCAUGCUGGAGCACGGCCUGGAGGUGGAGCCCUUGCAGGAUUUCAUCCUUGUGGCCUCCAAGCAACUGAGAGCAUCUCCAGAGCAAGGGGUCCCCCGUGAGCUCCAGGUGGCCGCCAGCAGCACCUUGGCCACCUUUGCCCGCCAUCACUUCAACCCCAUCAUGACGGAGCUUCAGAGGCAGCUCAAGCCCUUCGUGCCACCCGAUGAGUUCCUCCUCCUCACCCUGGGCAAGAUGGCAGCCAACAACGUGUAUGGCUGUGUCCCCUUCCUGGGCAUCACCCUUACUACCCUGCAAACCACCAUGCGCUGGAUGGAAGACGGCAGGCGGCGCAGGGCCCUCUGCAUGGCCCUGGAACAGAUCUGUGGGGCGAUUCGGAUUUACCUGCGAACCUGGGAGAGGAGCUCACACCCACGUCUCAGCGUCCAGCAGUUUGCCACCUACCUUCUCCCGCUCUAUGCCUGCAUCACCCGCACCUGGCUGCCAAUGAGCGAUGUCCAGGUCAAGCUGGCCAUUCUGAAGGUGCUGGGCCCCAUGCUUAGCAUCCUGCUGACCCAGAAGGAGUUCCAGGCUCAGAUUCACGGUGACAUCUCUCUGCUCAUGGCACAGUACGAGAGCAAUGUGGAGGCCCUGCAUGUCACAAAGAUUCUGAGCCAGAUUUUGGAGGCUUCUCUUGUGAAUAACAAUCAGAUUCCCAAGAGGCAUGUGGAGCCCCUGGCUCGCGUUCUAACCCACCAGAUCUGUGCCAGGGGAAAGACACAGUAUCCCGCUCGACAUGGAAGAGAGAACCAAGCUGAAAUCACUCAUAUCUUCUUGCAACUGGCCCGUUCCCACCCCUCUGAGCUGCUGGGAUUUUUCCAGGUGAAGCUGGAAGAAAGUCAGGAGGAAGUGCGUGUCAUGCUGCUGGUAUUGCUCUCCAAAAUCAUCAGUGCCCAGUUGCCUGAGCUCUGGAGCAGAAGGCAGCUGUGUGUCAAGGCCAUUAAGGUGGUGCUGGGUGACGACAGCAUCAGGGUCCGUUUUGUGAUGCUCCAGGCCAUCAGCAAGCUGUUGCAGGCUGGCUACCUAGAGAAAGUGGAGGGCUGGCCCCUGACCUAUAUCUCCCUGCAGCUGGCCAUCUCAGCUCACCAGCUGGGCCACUCCAGGCUGAGCCUCCCUUUGGGUGGGCUGGAGGAGAAGGCGAUCCAGAGAGCCAGCAUGGAUGCUCUCCAGGCAGCUGUUGCUUCAGGGAGAGGCACCAGCCAGGAAUUAUGGAGCAAGCUGCUCGCCUACCUGAUGCAGCCAUAUUUUACUGGCUCUGCUGCGUCUCUGUGCCACAUCUUGAGGAUGCUGGCUGUGCGGCGGAUACAGAGAGUGCUUCAAGACGGCGUGGAGGCAGUGAACUCACCGACUCCCCAGGGGUUGCUGGCCCGGCUCCUGGGCCUGGCGGUUUCCCCCUUUGAAGGAUCGGGUCGUGGGGUAGCGGUGCUGCUGCUGCUCCAGGCCUUGCGACCAGAGAUCUACAAGGAUGUAGCUGAGCACUGGUGGGUGGAGGUCCCAGCCACAGUCCAUCUUCUGGAAGGACACAGCAAGUAUACCCUGAAGCAGGCUGCCUGGGAGCAGAGGCUACUGGAGUUCCUGAAGAAGUCCUUGUGGAGGAACCAAGAGGAAGGCUGGAACCUGAAACUGGGACAUGAACUGGCCAAGCAAAUGAACAGUUAUCCCAGCUCCUCUGCAGAGAAGGCAUUCCUCUACAAGGCCCUGGGCACAGCUCUGUCCACCACAGGGGACCCGGCUGGAGUGACAUGGCACCUCCAGGAGCUACUGCUGCAUGCAGAUUACACAGAUGAAGACCAGCGAGAGGGUCUUUGCCAGUGCCUGGCCUAUUGCAGCGAGGGGCAAUUCCCUGCCUUGCUGAAGGCCCUGAGCCGCUUUGAGGAGGAAAUUUCCGAGGGGGAAGAUUCAGCGGACCUUCAUUUCAGCCAGGUUCAGAUCCACACACCCUCUCCCCAGCCCCUUCCUGGCUUGCCACAACCAGAGAGGAGCACGGUGAAGAGCGCCUUCCUUCUCCUAUACAGCAGUGCCACGAUCCGUGCUCCCCAGCAGCAAUUGCUGCUCCACCUGGCGACUGAUGUUAUGCCCAAGAUCCUGCACCAUUUCUCCCCAAGCAGCCCAGACGUUGCCAACGAUCCUGAGCUGAUCCUGUGCUUUACCCGGUGUGUGUCCAAAGUCUGCCUUUCCCUCCAGGGUGGAGGGGAGGCCGCAGCCUUCCAGCUGCCCCACAAAAAGGCUCUUGUUGACCAUCUUGUGGAUAUCAUCAAAGCUGAGCCCUUGGAUGCCCUUGUGUCUCCUGUUCGCCAGCAGGCCAUGGUGGCCCUCUGGCACCUGAGCAAAGUGCCAGAAGCCCUGAGCCACGAGGAGAACCGGAAGCUGGCAGAGCUGUGCCUGGGCUGCGUCUUUGCCUUGCCUCCCCUGGAACUCACUGACCAUGCAAGCGAGGAGCUUUAUAUCGGUGCUAUGGCUUCCCUAGCAGAGCUGGUGGAGACCCUGCUGGAAGAAAAAGAGGAAAGGGGAGAUGCCGGCUCAAAGUGGGUCCAGGAAGUCUUCCAGCUUUUACUGUACUGGCUGAUUUCCGAGCAAGAAUGGGAACGUGCCCGCGCCAUGCAGCUCACUGCCCACCUGCUGAAAGAAUAUCACCGAAAGACCACUGCUUUGGAAACUAUCACAAGCAAGAUCGUGCUCAACUAUGUUGCUUCAGAAGCCAGGGCAAAGUGUAUUAAUUGGGACAAAGGAGGAGAGACAGGCAAAGAGGAAAGUUGCACCCCUGUAAGAACAUUCUGGGUUUUCUCCAUGCCAUAUCACAAGCCAUGCUGCUCUUCUUCCUCUCCCACUCAGCCCGGGAUUUCCUUCGAGCAAUACAGCCAUCUGGUUGGAGCACUGGGGCUUUUCACUUGCGACACACCAGUCACUGUCCGCCUGGCUGCUGCCGACUGCAUCAGGACCUUGCUGAACAUCCAAGGCGUAGUCACACCACAGACACCAAAGGGUCGCCGUGAAGAUUGGAAGCUGCAAUGCAUCCAGCAAGAUCUCCAGAGCGAGUGCCGGCGAGAGGUGCACAUGGCCUCUUUCCAGCUGGCCAAAAUCGUCAGCUCUACCAUUCCCUACGAAGAGAUUUUGACCUUUGUGAGCUCCUUGCUGGAACAGCUGGGAACUGUGAGUGUUGCUUGUGACCGGGCUGCCCUCCAGUGGUUUGAAGCGAUGGUGAGGGAACGGAACCUGAAAGGGAAGGUGCAGAAAGUCUAG